UAGUGAAAGCCGUUUCAGCCUAUCUCCCCCUCUAGCGGAUUGUUUGAUAAAUUCAAUUCCCUCGAUUCUUAGUAGACUGUCAUUUUUAUUGUGGGCCUCCAUGAAAUGCCUAGCCAUGGGAUAGUCUGCACUGCCCGUUCUAAUGGCAUAUUUAUGCUCAGCUAAAGACGGUCUUUUAAGCGUCUUUUAGUGCGCCCAACAUAAAAACAAUUACAAGGACACACUAGGCGGUAUACAAUGUGUGUUGUAUUGCAAUUCAUGAAAUCUUUUUGUUCAUAUACAUGAUUGGUUUUCAGAUCAACAAAUUCUUUUCCUGCGAAAAAGUUCAGUUUUGUGCUUUCAGAAGAAAGUCCUGCCAUCCUAUUGUUUAGGGUUGAUUUAGUCCUGUUUCUGAGACAAAACGGUAGCUGAUUGGGACUAGUAGUAGCCAGCAGCAGCAGCAUGUGAGCUUUUCCUCUGUUUGCGUGUCGGUUCUUUGAAAGGUUUCCUUGUUUGGGCCAUUUCUUUGCGGCGUUGCUGAUCAGUUGAAAAGCAUUAUUAAAAACAUUAUUAAAAACAUCACAUAGCAGCAGGAUAGGUGUUACUAACCGGAUUAGAGUGGAGCCUAACAAACCACCGCCAUGACACAGGUUCCAUAAAUAAGCAAAUAUCGCAACGCCAACCUUUUCAAGAAGAUUGACCUCCUGCAACUUUCUUUUGACCAUGCUGCGCACUUUGUUCCUCCUGUGUUCGUGCACUCUCGCCUCUGCGGUUCCCUGCAUCAAACCAAAUGAGCUCCACGGCCUUCACGAGACCUACUCCCGCAGCCUGAUGCUGGCUCACGCGAUACACCAGGAUGUGCUAAACCUGCUGGCACCAUACGAGGAGCAGCUUGGCAUCAAUGGUUCACAGGUGCCCAAUCUAUUCAUGAGCGGUCUGCCAUCCUGUGCUGUCAACUACACUGACUGGCUUUCACUUGAGGAUGCGGCUCGCCUGAAGCAGGACAGCGAGUACCUGCAGCUGUUCAACCGCCACAUCGAUGCCUGCUGCUCCUUGAAGCUCCAGCUGGGGGCAGAAUACAGCCUGCCCCUGGAGCUGCUGCAGCUCAACAUCCGCGACCUGCAGGUCCAGAUCACCGAGCAGCUGAAGUUACUGCAGCAGCCAGCAGUCUAUACGGCAGCCUCACCUCCGCCCCCCCUGUGCAACUGCGAGUCACUGUGGGUCAGCCGAAUGCAGGGCUACAUUGUGCUGAGGGGCCUGGAGAAGUGCGUGCAGAAGGUGCGGCGGGACUACACCCGGCUGCGCAGCCAGCAGCAGCAGCAGUGAGCACGCAGAUGGACACGCAGACCGGGGCGCAGAUGGACAGACGGACGCUUGCCAACGCUCGUGUCCCAGCUUCCCUUCCUCCUUCCUCCAUCUGCCUUGUGCAACUGCGUCCGCUCCUGCAGAGGAAAGAACAGGAAGUGAGACAUCACAGCAUGCAGUUAGUUAACACAGGAGGGCAAAGAGUGCCUUUGUGUCACGUGUCACUGACGCAUGUGCGUGAGAGAGUGUGUGGUGUGACUAAAAACCAAUUGUUCGUCUAUGCAGCUAUAUUUAUAAACUGAAAAAUAAUAGCUAUUUAUUUAUUUCGUUAGUUAUUUAUCAGGGUGAAUACUGUGUCUAUAUUUUUGUGUUUUGAAAACACAUUCAUAUUCAUUAAAAUACUUCAUAUU